GCUGUUUUUGUGGGAAGAUUGGGAGAUUGAAACUAUUGCAUCGUCACUCAUCACUUCAUUGUUAUUGGUUGUUUGGAAUUGCAUCAUCUCCAGGAAAUACAUCACAAUCAGAGAUAUUAACAUCGAUGCCAGACCAGCUGUUAAUUGUUUAACAGCAUUUAUUAGGUCAUAUUCAAACACUGCUUAAUCCCUGGAUGCUCAAAGCUCAACAGUAGGACUUUGGUUCCUGGUGGACUUUGGACCUUGGUGAACUUUGCUUCCUGUACACAGAUCUCUUGAGGAAAAUGCUUCGAGGAGUCAAAACCCAUCAUUUUGAACAUUGCAUGAAAACGAUAUCUUCGACAACAACAAAGGAAUACAACAUGAUCUCAUUAAAAUACUCGCCUAUAAGUCACACAUUUAAAUCAAUCUCAUCCAGUGCACGGAAUCACUCUAGGACUAUAUCCACAAUGAAAUCAACAAUUACAAAGUUAUUUCCUAGGACAUUAAGGAAUAUUCAACUGGACAAUAUACAAGGAGGUUUCUCACAUGGACAGUUUAGGUCGUUUUCACAUUGCCAGAAAUUAUGUCAAGGUGCAUUGAUGCGGUCACAAUUGAAAGACUCUAAAAGAGUUGUUGUGAAGCUUGGAAGUGCAGUUAUUACAAGGGAGGAUGAAUGUGGCCUGGCAUUGGGAAGACUUGCAUCUAUAGUAGAACAGGUGUCUGAAUUAAGACGUCAAGGAAAAGAAAUGAUUAUGGUCACCAGUGGUGCUGUUGCAUUUGGGAAACUGAAGCUACAACAAGAGGCCUUGAUGUCAAUGAGUAUAUCACAAACUCUAGCACAAAGGAAUGGAAAGGGUGCCCAUGGUUACCUUGACCCUAGAUCAUGCGCAGCUGCAGGCCAAAGUGGCCUGAUGUCCCUAUAUGAUGCUAUGUUCACCCAAUAUGGCAUCAAAACAGCACAGGUUCUUGUUACAAAGAGAGAUUUCUUCAAUGACCAGAGUAGGGGAUAUCUCAGAUCAACCAUCACUGAGCUGUUAAGGCUCAAUAUUGUGCCCAUUCUGAAUGCUAAUGAUGCAGUAGCGCCACCUCCAGAUAUGGACCAAGACUUGGCUGGGACUUACACACAUGACUCAGCUUGCACGUGUAGUAUUUGUGUGCCAAAUAACCCAUUCACCAAGCACCUGGGAAAACCAGACCAUGAAGUUAUAAGAUCGGUUAUCAGUGUGAAGGACAACGAUAGCCUGGCAGCCAGGAUCUCCGUGGAAAUGAACUGUGACCUCAUGCUGAUACUCUCUGAUGUUGAGGGCUUAUACACAGGUCCCCCAGGAGAGGAAGGAUCUAUGUUGCUACACACAUACUCUGUUGCUAAGGGGGAGGAUGAUAGUAUUGUGUUUGGCUCCAAAUCUAGAGUAGGACUCGGUGGCAUGGAGUCCAAGGUGAGAGCUGCAACAUGGGCUACUGAAAAUAACACUCCAGUCGUGAUUGCUAAUGGUUUACAAGGGCCUGCCAUACUUGAUGCUGUUCAUGGAAAGAAAAUUGGAACUUUCUUCACAAAAGCUGAACAAAUUGGCAAUUCAGUAGAAGAUCAGGCCAUACAAGCGCGAGGGGGAGGUAGAAGCCUUCAAGCUCUGAGUGCUGAGCAAAGAUCCAAUGUGAUCACUAAGCUUGCAGAUCUACUGGUAGAGAGGAGAAAGGAUAUAAUGGAUGCCAACAGGAAAGAUUUAGAUAUUGCCAGGAUGGAUGAUAUUACUGGCCCUAUGUUGGCAAGACUGGUCCUCACUGACGCUAAACUACAGAGUCUUUCUAGUGGCCUUAAACAAAUUGCUGAAACAUCCCAUUAUAAUAUUGGGCGUGUUGUACGUCAUACCAAGAUGGCCAAUGGUAUGGAUCUUCAACAGAUCACUGUGCCAAUUGGUGUACUGAUGGUUAUAUUUGAGUCACGUCCUGAUGCUCUGCCCCAGGUGGCUGCCCUUGCUAUAAGCAGCGCCAAUGCACUGCUUCUGAAGGGAGGUAAGGAAGCUGCACAUAGCAACAAGAUGCUACAUGCCUUAGUGCAGGAGGCACUAGAUACAUACAAAUGCAAGGAUGCUGUACAACUGAUCAGUAGACGUGAGGACAUUGAAGACCUGCUACACAUGGACAAAUACAUAGAUCUAGUAAUCCCUCGUGGCUCCAAUGAGCUGGUUAGCACCAUACAACAGCAGAGUAAAAGCAUUCCUGUAUUAGGUCACAGUGAGGGCAUAUGUCAUGUGUAUGUCGAUAAAGAAGCAGACCUAGAUAAAACUAUUAAAAUAGUGUUGGAUUCUAAGUGUGACUACCCUGCUGCCUGUAAUGCCAUGGAGACACUCCUUGUACAUAGACGUCACAUUGGAACUCAGUUCAUGGACCGCAUAAUUGAUUCCUUGAAACAAGAAAAUAUAAAGGUCCAUGCUGGUCCAAAACUUGCCAACAUUUUGAGGUUUACGUCUAGUCCCGCAAAGUCCCUAAAGACAGAGUAUGGAGGCCUGGAAUGUACAAUUGAGAUUGUUGACAACAUUGGGGAGGCCAUCAACCACAUACACAAAUAUGGAAGCUCCCAUACAGAUGUUAUCGUCACUGAAAAUGAAGAUGCAGCUGAGUUCUUCUUGCGUUCAGUCGACAGUGCUUGCGUUUUUCGAAAUGCUAGCUCCAGGUUUUCAGAUGGAUACCGCUUUGGACUAGGCGCUGAGGUUGGAAUUAGUACCUCACGUAUUCAUGCACGUGGUCCAGUCGGAGUUGAGGGACUACUUACUACAAAAUGGAUUCUUAGAGGAACAAAUGACAGUGCAGCGGAGUUUGCUGAUGGAACCAAGACAUUUGUACAUGAACCCAUUGUAAAAAAUGGUGUCAAAGAACUGGAGAAGGCAAAAGGGAGAUUGGAAGGAAAAUUAAAAAAAGUUGCCCAGCAGUGAUUUAAGCUGUUAAUUGGCAUAAUUGGCAAUGUCCAAACUAGAAACUGUUAAUUCAGCAUAUAUAUUAAAAUUAUUCUUGUGAUAUAUUUUAUUUUUAUUGCACUGUCAACAAAAAGUUUCAUAAUUUGUUAGUAAAUAUGCCUUUAUUACAACUUGUAUGGUUUGAAAGAUGGCACUAUUUGUACGAUGUCAUCUCCUCACUUAUAUGAAUAUCAUUUGUACCUGGAUUAUAAGGUAUAUAUGAUCAGAACAAGGGGCUUAUAAAGUCCAGCUAAAGGGCCAGAACCCUGUUUGGAGGCCUUUGUAAAUAUUCUCUGAUGACAAAAGUUCAAAUCACCACAUGCACAACUGUCAUAUUAAUGCCCUUUGUGUUUCAAUGGAAUGAGCGCAUUAAAUCCUGUUAGAAUUGAGCUUUUUCAAAGUCAUUUAAUUCUUUUUUUUUAAUUUUUGGUCACCUUUUAUUGACUUGGCAUCUUGUUCUUUAUGCCAAGCAGAGACAUAUAAAACAUCUCUCUGUGCCAAGUUAAUACUUGUUGCAAGAACCACUUGGGUGUUUUCAAGACUCUUGGUAAACCAGAUGUGUUAGAUAAGAUCUUGGUGUGCCAUUUUAAAAUAUGAAAUAUUUUUGCUCAGAAUGACUUACAUGUAUAUUAAUAUUUUGUAUGUUAACUCACUCAGAUAAAGUUCUCAUUAUAUUUGAUAGAAAUGUGUGUUUACAGAUUCAUCAAAGAAAGUAUUUUGCGGAAGUUUGUUGACAUGAGUUUUUUCCAUUAACAAGUGUGUCCAGUUGAUGAGAUAUUAAACACUAUGUAUUCUUGUUAUCACUUAUUUGUGCCAUAGUUAUGACAACAUCAGCCUUUUAUAUGCAGUACUCUAUAUGGACUUAUUAAAUCAUUGUAAAUCACAAGCUCUUUGUAUAAGAGCCUUGUGGAAGAAUGAAUAAACAUGUACAAUGUUA